AUGAGACAAGGAGAGAAGAGCUCAGCAGCUAAGUCUAUUUUAGGGCGAGCAGAGCUCCCUGCAGCGAGCCGCCCAGGGCAGUGUGAGAAACAUCAGGCAGAGGUGUGUGGGCGCUGGGUGACUCUGGUGGAGCUGCCGCCUCUGUCUGGAAAACCUCUGGACACAGUGAUGCAGCAGUGUCACCUCUGCCUCUCCCUCUGUGCUCCUGAGGGCGUCCAUGCCUUCAUCCUGGUUCUACCACACGGUCCUCUCACUGAUGAAGACAAGGAUGAGAUGAAGAGGCUCCAGGACACUCUCGGCUCUCGAGUUCUUUCCUUCUCCAUGAUUCUGUUCACUGUGGACUCAGACUUCACUCCAGAUGUAGAGGAGUUUAUGAAAGAACCAUGGGAGAUCAAAGAUCUCUGUGAGAAGUUUGGAGGAGGAUAUCGUCUCUUCAACAUCAGGGACCAGCAGCACGUCCCUGAGCUCCUGAAGUCUGUGGAGACUUUAAGAAACAAGAAUGAACCUCACAGCUUCACCACUGAAACACUGCUACAAGUCCAGAUGGAGAAGAUCUCUCUCCUGCAGAAGGAACUGACAGCUCAUCGACAGAGUUCUGGAGAUGUGAGGAUCGCUGUAAUCGGUAAAACAGGCAGCGGAAAGAGCGCUUCAGGAAACACCAUCCUGGGAAGACAGGAGUUUGAAACAAAAGCCAGUCAAAUAUCAAUCACUAAAGUCUGUGAGAGAAGAGAGACAGAGAUUGAAGGACAGAGUGUGUAUGUGGUGGACACUCCAGGUCUGUUUGAUACAACCAUGUCAGAGUGGGACGUAACAGAGCUGAUGGAAAAGAUUUAUCAUAAGAUGAAUGAGAACAACAAGAGCUGCUACACACUUGAGAUGUUGUUAGAGACUCAGACUAAGAAAAAUGAGGAAUUGGAAGCACAACUGAGAGAGAACGAGAAAAAGAUCAAAGAUAAUGAAGACGACAUCAGAGAACUAGAGGAUAAACUCAAACUAGAGACAGAGAAAAUAUCAGGGGAAAAACCUGAAAGCCACAAUCUCAGUCACUGA